GGUCACUGAACGUCGACCUUCCCCUGAACACACAUUUAAAACCAUUCAUGAUGACAAGGUUUUAUAUCUUGCUUUUUGGUAUGACAAGCUUUCAAAGAAAAGGAAAUAUAUUCAAUUGAAAGCGUCAUCCAGUCAGAAAGGGCUACGUGACAAAAGAAAGUUCAAUAUAGCAAGACAAUUGCACAGGGAAAUUCCACGCUUGCUAGAACUCUGUGAAUCGGGUCUUUAUUCUACAAAUAACGUGCUGGUCCAGAAACAUUUAGCAUUAUAUUUGAUGAUAAAGUUUGUGUUGCGACCUAGUUAUCCAAAACAGCCAGGGUUAAGUGCCAAGACAAAAGGAUUGUGUUCUUUGACAUUUUCAAAUUUAAAACUUUGGAAAGAUAAGAAGUCCUGCUGGGUCGAGUUAAGCUUCUUGGGUAAAUCGUCCGUACCAUUUUCAAGUAAAAGAGUUUUACCAAAAUUGGUAUAUCAAAAAUUAGAAGAGUUGCGGGAAGGAAAAGACAUGGAUGACCAAGUAUUCGACUUGGUAAAGAGUCCACAAAAGGGGCAUGCAGGCAAGGGAACCCUAGGGCUAUUAUUUUCGCCCUUAAUUUGCGGCUGUAGGGGUACCAUCUGGAGCCUCACAAGGAGUUUGCAAAAGCAGUAUGCAGGCAAGGAAGGGGAUCCCUCGGACUAUCAUUUUCCGCCCUUAAUUUUGGUACAUUCUUCGACCUCGAUCCCAAAGGCACCAACUUUAAACAAGUUUUUCCAGGGCAUUUGCAGAUAUACAGAAUCUAUGAAACCAACAUUAAAAUCAAUCAGGACAUAUUGUGCCGGAAAACUGUUUCAAAGUAAACUUCAAAAAAUCAAGAAAGACGAAAAGAGGAGCAUGGUUCAGCAAUAUAACAACGCAUUGCAAGAGGUGUCCAAGAUGCUAAAUCACACGGGAGAAAACACAGCGAAAGUUAAUUAUAUAGAUCCCCGGAUUACAGUGGCUUGGUGUCUGAAGUGGAAUAUCCUCAUAACGGAUGUAUUCACGCCAUUCCAGAGACAGAAAUUUCAAUGGGCCAUUGAAAUGAGGAAAACAAAGUUUAAAUUUGUGGAGUAAUACGUACUUGGAUAUUCACCUGUUAUGGGUCAGGAUGUGCCCUUAAUAUAGCCAGCAGAAUUUAUCAACAAAAGACAAUUGAACAAUUAAUAAUAUUUAUUUACAAUUAUUAAUUAAAAUAAAAUUGUAACAUUAAUAAAAUACUAACUUACUGUAGCUGAACAAUAAAUCCGAACAGAAUCUACCAACACAAAAAUAGUAGGCCUAAUUUCAAAAUCCUACUCCUAGUAUAAUAGAAUCCAAAAUGCUUAAAAUAUUUUCUAACCAAAACUUCUAUUUUGUUUUAAUCAGAAGAAUCCCAGAGUACAAAUGUAUUUAUAAAAGGAGGGAAUUUUCUAGUAUAAUCUUGAAAGACAUUGAUGCAACCAUUACGUCAUCUUCCUACUAAAAAUAACAUAAGGUCUAGAACAAUCUAGGACACAGGUGUCAAAACAAGUGCAAGGAGUGGCGCGAUUUGAAGUGCAGAUACUGCUGUGUGUCUGUGGGUUUACAAUACAAAUCUGUGAUUAUUCUGGGUCCUUCCUUUAUAAUAAGUAAAUCUAAAAAUGAGAGUUCAUUGUGACUUUUAUCCAUUGUAGAUUGUAUUGAAUCGCGUAUAGUGUUUAGGAAGGAAUGGAAUUUCUCUAAAUUCUCUUCGUCAAGAUAACGUUUCUGAUUUGGUCGAAUAUAAACACUAAAGUUAUUGUCGAAAACGUCCGAUAUUUGGUUAUAAAUUUGAUCUUCUAAAUAUCCCAUUACUAAAGUUGCAUAUGUAGGGGCAAAUUUUGUUCCCAUAGAUAUUCCUUUAAUCUGUAGAAAGAAUUCAUUGUCAAAAUGGAAGUGGUUGUUUUCAAGAACUAAUUUUAUCCCUUCUAGUAGAAUUGUUUUUAGAAAAUCGUGCAUUUAAUAUACCUGCAUGGUUAUCAAUCCAGUAGUUGAUGGCUUCAAGUUCUAACGCAUGUUGGAUGUUGGUUUAUAAACUGGUUGUAUCAAAACUUACGAGGAUAGUAUUAGGAUUAAGAUUUUUAGGAAUAUAAUUUAGAAAGUCAAGGUCAUCUCUAAUGUAACUAGGAACUAAGUUGCAGAGAGGUUUAAGUAUGAUGUUUAAUAAAUUACUUAGUUUCUGUGUACUUGAUGCUGGUACAGUGAUGAUUGACCGAAUGUUCAAGUCGUGUGGUUGAUGCAACUUUAUAUAUAAGUUUCCCAAGUUUUUACAGCGUCUUGAAUGUCUUUAGGUUUGUGAAUUUUGGAUAAUCCGUAGAAGUUACUGGAAUUAACUUCAAAUUUUGUUAAAUAAUCUCUUUCAUUUUUGGUGAAGCUAUCGAUUUUUUUCUAUUGAUUUUUUCUACUUUGAGCAUUAUUUGGCGAUCCUCGUUAGUGGUCGAUUUAUUAUAAAACCGGGCGUUUUGGAGUUAGUUCAAAACUGGUUCUUUAUAUAGAUGUUUUUUUCAAAUUUAUUAAAUAACACCGACGAAUUUUGCCGAAAACUACGCCUGAAAGAGUUCUUUCAAAAUUCUUCGAAUGAGGAUGGAUCCCUUGUACGAAACAAAAAAGAUUUAGACCCCCCACCCCCAUUAACAGAGACAGACAUCUAGAUGAAUGCAUCAGUUGUCUUAAAUCGUCUGUCAACUCUAACAAGGGAAAAUUGAAAAGCAAAAGUAAGAUUGCCUUUACACAAAAAAUCAGCUAUUAAUGAUUUACGAAGUAUAAUCGAAUUAUUGUAAUUAAAGAAGGAGACAACGGCGGAACUGUUGUGAUCAUGGAUAAGCUUUGUUAUAAAGAAAUGGCACAACAAUCAAAGAUAUCCCGGUAUCAUGCUGCAUAAGAAAUCAUACACACCCGUUUUAUAUUUCAUGAUCAUGAUUGAAAUAGAACCCGAAACAAUCGUAGUACAAAUUGACAGCUAUAAUGUGUAUUACAAUUUUAUGCUAAUUCGAUUAAUUUGUCUUAGAGAUAAUACAACUCAAAGGCUAAUAUCAACCUCAAUCUCUUAUCACGUACGUAUUAUAUUGAUUUUGGAAGUAUUUUCAAAACUUAAAACAUUAAUUUCACAGAAACGCAUAUCAUUUAAUUUUACAUGUUAAACGUUUUUUCAUGGAUUGACAAAUUAUUGCAAUAUCGUAUCCAACAAAAAAGAAAUGCCGGAAAUACUUUCUAUUGGUAUGUUUGAGAUUCUCUGGAUGCUUCGUAUUUAUAGAUUGGGAAUCCUGAAAACAAAAAUUGACAUGUCUAUUUGAGCCCCCCCCCCAAAGUCACCCGGAAAUGACAAUCAAUAGUUCAGUUUACACCUUGCGACAACUUCCUUCAUCCAGAUACACCACACAUUGCCUCAGCGAUACUGCAAUAUUGUAGCCUUUGAAGACUAGGUUUUCGAACUCCGGCAUAAUAUGUUUAUAAGUGAGCACCAAAACGAGGCUUCCGUAAGACGUUACAACAGCUGUGGCGCCAAAGGAAUUCACUGAUAAAACUUGGAAAACCCUCUGUAACACUCACUUGUCCACCUGGAAGCCGUGUCAAUCGUCAAGAGAACUUGGCAUCCCACAUCAUGAUCAUGCACGUGUCCAACGCUUGCCGUUAGUACCGACAUCGAACCUUGCACUUAAUUUCAGUUCAACCCAACAAAAUUCCAGCAAUUUUCUCUCAAAUGGUCUUAUUUCUAACCUCAGUCCACAAAAACCCGUUUGCUCAACAGUAAAUUGUAAAUGACAGUUCGUGGAAACCACCACAGCGGAUUUAGUUAAAGUUUUUCAAGUUGUGUGUUCACAUGUUCCUGCGCCCAUCUCGAAAUGACAUAAAAUGUAGUCCAAGAAUAAACGUUAAUUCAACUCAUCAUGUUUUAUCAUAUAAGCUCAAUGUUUCAAAAUAUUAAAUGAUAAGGAAUAAAUUCAUUAUUUUUUCGUUGGAUGGAGGUAUACCACGAAACAAAAGACGGAAAACUUUUCCGUCUUUUUUUUUCAGGGUAUCCUCCAUCCAACGAAAAAAAAUAAGAAAUGCAUUACUUAAGUACACUUUAAAAACGUUCACGACAAACCCAUAUCAGAACAGACCACGAUUUUGCGCGGUCUGUAAUAAUAAUAUUAAGAUGAUCACACACACACACACACACACACACACACACACACACACACACACACACACACACACACACACACACACACACACACAUUGUUGAUCUGCAGACCGAGCUUCCCCUUCUUGGCCAUUUCAAGUUAUUACUUUUUCUUCAUUCAUUUCUGUAAUACACUAGGAAUUAUGUUCAGUUACGAGGGGUUAGGAAAGAUAACUCUUAUAAACUUCUAAAUGCAUAUUUUCAUUUAAUAAAUUACAAACUGUG